CGCCGCCCCGACUGACAAAAGUCCCUUCAGUUCAGUCGGAGGCAGGGGAAGUCCCGCAGCCCGGCGAGACCGCCUUCCCGUGCCGAGCUCGCCGCACGCCCCGGCGUCUCCGGGCGGCCCGAUGCCCCGAUGCCCCGCGGGGGCCAUGGACGAGGGGCCCGUGGACCUGCGCACCCGGCCCAAGGGCACCCCUGGCGCCGCGCUGCCACUCCGCAAGCGCCCGCUGCGCCCCGCGUCCCCAGAGCCCGCAGCCACACGCGGCCCCCCUGGACCCCUGGACACUCUGCGCAGCAGCUGCGACGUCCCAGCUGUCCCUGGGCCCCCUCACUGCGUGGCCAGACCGGAGGCCCUUUACUACCAGGGACCCCUGAUGCCCAUUUACUCUACCCCGACUAUGGCUCCCCACUUUCCGCUACUGAACCUGCCUACUCACCCGUACCCCAUGAUGUGCCCCAUGGAACACCCCCUCUCAGCUGACGUUGCCAUGGCCACCCGGGUGGAUGAGGAUGGAGACACGCCUCUCCACAUCGCUGUGGUCCAGAAUAACAUAGCAGCUGUCUACCGAAUACUCAGCCUUUUCAAGCUUGUGAGCCGUGAAGUAGACGUCCAUAACAACCUACGGCAGACCCCGCUCCACCUGGCUGUGAUCACCACAUUACCAGAUAUGGUCCGGCUACUGGUGACAGCUGGUGCCAGCCCCAUGGCCCUGGAUCGCCACGGCCAGACUGCAGUCCACCUGGCAUGCGAGCACCGCAGCCCCAGCUGCCUGCAGGCCCUGCUGGACAGCGCAAUCCCGGGCUCCGUGGACCUGGAGGCUCGCAAUUACGAAGGGCUCACUGCCCUGCACGUGGCCGUGAACACUGGGUGCCAGGAGGCUGUUCUGCUGCUCCUGGAGCGUGGCGCGGACAUCGAUGCAGUGGAUAUCAAGAGCGGCCGUUCCCCACUCAUCCACGCCGUGGAAAACAACAGCCUGAACAUGGUGCAACUCCUGCUGCUGCACGGCGCCAACGUGAACGCUCAGAUGUAUUCUGGCAGCUCGGCUCUGCAUUCUGCGUCCGGCCGCGGGCUUCUGCCGCUGGUGCGCACCCUGGUGCGCAGCGGGGCAGACAGCGGCCUCAAGAACUGUCACAAUGACACACCCCUCAUGGUGGCGCGCAGCCGCAGGGUCAUUGAUAUCUUAAGGGGGAAGGCCUCUCGGGCUGCUUCAGGGUCACAGCCUGAGCCAUCCCCAGACCAAAGUGCCACCAACUCCCCAGAGAGCAGCAGUCGUCUCAGCUCCAAUGGCCUCCAGUCGUCGCCAAGCUCCUCACCCUCGAUGUCUCCCCCGAAGGAUGCUCCUGGCUUCCCUGUGACUCCCCAAAACUUUUUCCUUCCCACGACAUCUACACCUGCCUUCCUGCCCUUCCCAGGAGUCCUCCGAGGCCCUGGCCAGCCUGUACCCCCUUCCCCAGCUCCAGGAAGCAGCUGAGACGGAUGGGGGGGCAGACCCGGACUCAUGAGGAGGGGCCUCCCUGCCCUGUGAGGACCACUCUUCGGAAACCGUGAGGACCUUGUUCUGCUUCCCCCGCCCAAUCUUCGGGACCAGGUUUUGCACCAAGGCACAUGCACAUACUACUGAGCACAGAUACGCCCAAUUGCGCCCCUUGCCCAGGACUCUUAGUCUCACUUAAUCUCAGGCACCCAGGUUCCCUGUCUGGAAACCACUAGAUACUCGAUUCUUUGAGUGGAGGAACCAAUGGACAGCCCCUCCUCUGCCAUCCUCCACACCGAGGGACCCGGAAGAACAAAGGGGUCUGGGAGGGCAUUGAUCAUAAUGUAAAUUAUUAGGUUUGGGUCAGAUUUCUUUUGUAAUAAACUAUUUUUGUAUCAUA